AUGUCUAGUGUUCACCCACGAUGGGGAAGGCCCCUGGACGAUUAUGUCGGCUCCUAUGAUCUCGCUGCUGCCAAGAAGAGAAUUGACAUUACGUCCACAAUGAAGGCCGAAGCCGAGGAAUCCAUCUCCCAAGUAGUCAGGUUAGCAGGACCGUCACAAUAUCCAGAUCCAGAAGGGACGAAGGUAGUAACGCUCCAAGUGCUAGAGUCAAUUCUCAAUCUAUCUAUGUGUCCUCAAACCUAUCAUUAUUUUGCCGAUCCUCCACUUAUCAGCGGGUGUCUCAAAUUGAUGGGUACUGUUGAAGCAGAUGAUAGAAUGUCGCCAUUCAGUUAUGAGUAUGGCUAUCUAUGCUUCAAGAUCAUCGUUCUCGCCAUUGGUACCAACAUUUUACUUCGAACGGAGAAUCUCGAUAUGACUAUUGCGAACAUGGAGUCUGAUACCAACACAGAGCUAAUACUCAUACUUUCAGGUCAUGUUUCGCGAGCUAUCAAAAGCGAAAUUGAGAUAGGAAAUGCCGGGCAGCCCUGUAGUUGGGUUCUUGGCUGGGUUCGUGUCCAAGACCGGCGACGAUUACAGCUAACUCCCUUGAUGCUACGAUCUGAUAUAUUAUUACUACUCGACAUGUUGUGGGACGAUCGACAUUUCUUUCUCAAGACAUACAUGAUGACGCACUCGCCUGGACUCUCGGGAGUUAUGUUUGUCCUCUGGCGAUAUUUGUACUCUAAUAGUAUUUUUGUCGAGUCGCUUCCGUCAGAGAAUCUCGCUAUACCUUUUUGCGAGAUAUUAUGGCGAUAUUUUCUUGUCGCAACUACGGAUCAACUCGAAUCGCUAGUAUACAUAAAUAACGACGUUCAGCUAAGCAGCAAGGCUGAUCAAUGGACGGAUAGCUCUAAACACGUUACUCUGGACGACCUACGAAUAGUACUUCAAGCAUAUACUGGGAGGAUGUCUCUAGUCGAUUCGCCGACCUAUUUAUCACUCGAAAUCAACGCCAUCCUCGUUCUUUUGAACUUUGUGACGCAGAUUAUGCAGCCUAGAGUUGAAUUUUUGCUCCCGCCAUUGAUUGGGAAUACACUAGACCGGAUCUGGGAGAUUAUAAACAACAAAAAGGAAGAUGAUCAAGAGACCAUCAUUGGUAUUGGCCGAGUAUUUAGACUCAUUGGCCGGUUGAUACGAUUUUUAAACCAUACAUACUAUGCUAGCCGAUACGCGGUACUGGAUCUUGUCGAAACGUUGGCAGGAAGAGACUUGCCAGAUAUGGUGGCCCGAGCGAUGAUCGUACUCGAGCCCUAUUCGACUAAGGCUUCCGAAUCUUACAAACAGUGUAUGGAGUUCUUGGAAAACACGACGGAGUUAUUCUUGCAACCUGAAGCCGUGGUUCCCAAAAGUUUAUUGAAAAAGCCGUUCCUGCCUUAUGCCUUUCACUGGAUUAAGACUGACCAGCACUUCAAGAUGCUUGGAACAUCUUUAUCAGAUGCCAUUUCUCCCUAUGCUGGCUAUUAUCAAGCCUGCCGUCGAGUCUGGCACCAGGUUUCGCAGAGCCUGGCUAUGGACCUCUAUGUUGCGCAAAUUCGCGCAUCUGGGGCUGGUUACGAAGUCAAAAUAAGGCUCAGCGAUAAGGAGGAGACCUUUUACCUUCAACAAUGGAUUAUACCUAAAGGAGGCAAUAUUGAGGACAGACAUCUUGAUGUCAAGGCUUCAGCUUCCGAUCCAUGGUACCUGCGUUACCUCAUCCCACUGAGUUCCUACCGUCUACGCUUCAGUUUCUUUGAGCAGUAUUUCAAAGACGAAACAAAGUAUCCUGGAUUCCAGACCACUCCACUGUUUCAAUGGCCUACCGGCAAAAUGCUUACACCUGAAGAAUUCUUAGCCACCGAUUUGGGAAAGGCCUUACAGACCAAUGACAUUGAUGUGUAUCGAAACAAAUGGAUUGAGUGUUUCCGCCAGUCUAUUCAACUCACAAAUGAACAUUAG